AUGGAUCAUUUGAACGAGGCAACUCAGGGGAAAGAACAUUCAGAAAUGUCUAACAAUGUAAGCGAUCCGAAGGGUCCACCAGCCAAAAUUGCGCGCUUGGAACAGAAUGGGAGCCCAUUAGGAAGAGGAAGACUUGGAAGUACAGGAACUAAAAUGCAAGGAGUGCCUUUAAAACACUCUGGACACCUGAUGAAAACUAAUAUUAGAAAAGGAAGUAUGCUUCCAGUUUUCUGUGUAGUGGAACAUUAUGAAAAUGCCAUUGAGUAUGAUUCUAAGGAGGAGCAUGCAGAAUUUGUGUUGGUGAGGAAGGAUAUGCUUUUCAACCAACUGAUUGAAAUGGCAUUGCUAUCACUUGGAUAUUCUCACAGCUCUGCUGCCCAAGCAAAAGGGCUUAUCCAGGUUGGGAAGUGGAAUCCAGUUCCACUCUCCUAUGUGACAGAUGCCCCUGAUGCUACAGUAGCAGACAUGCUGCAAGAUGUGUAUCAUGUGGUCACACUGAAAAUCCAGUUACACAGUUGCCCUAAACUAGAAGACUUGCCUCCUGAACAAUGGUCUCACACAACAGUAAGAAAUGCUCUGAAGGACUUACUGAAGGAUAUGAACCAGAGUUCAUUGGCCAAGGAAUGUCCCCUUUCACAGAGUAUGAUUUCUUCCAUUGUGAACAGCACUUACUAUGCAAAUGUCUCAGCAGCAAAAUGUCAGGAAUUUGGAAGGUGGUAUAAACAUUUCAAGAAGGCAAAAGAUAUGAUGGUUGAGAUGGAUAGCCUUUCUGAACUAUCCCAGCAAGGUGCCAACCAUGUCAACUUCGGUCAGCAGCCGGUCCCAGGGAACACAGCCGAACAGCCUCCAUCCCCUGUUCAGCUUUCUCAUGGUAGUCAACCAUCAGUUCGGACCCCGCUUCCCAACCUGCACCCUGGACUUGUAUCUACUCCCAUUAGCCCUCAGCUGGUAAAUCAGCAGCUGGUAAUGGCCCAAUUGCUGAACCAGCAGUAUGCAGUGAACAGACUUCUAGCCCAGCAGUCCUUAAACCAACAGUACUUGAACCACCCUCCUCCUGUCAGUAGAUCCAUGAACAAGCCGUUGGAGCAGCAGGUCUCAACAAACACAGAGGUGUCUUCCGAAAUCUACCAGUGGGUCCGUGAUGAACUGAAACGAGCAGGAAUCUCACAGGCAGUAUUUGCACGUGUGGCUUUUAACCGAACUCAGGGCUUGCUCUCAGAAAUCCUCCGAAAGGAAGAGGAUCCCAAGACUGCCUCGCAGUCCUUACUGGUAAACCUUCGGGCUAUGCAGAACUUCUUGCAGCUGCCAGAAGCCGAACGAGAUCGAAUUUACCAGGACGAAAGGGAAAGGAGCUUGAACGCAGCCUCUGCAAUGGGCCCUGCACCUCUCAUAAGCACACCGCCUAGCCGGCCUCCACAAGUCAAAACUGCUACUAUUGCUACAGAGAGGAAUGGAAAAACAGAAAAUAAUUCCAUGAACAUUAAUGCUUCCAUUUACGAUGAGAUUCAGCAGGAAAUGAAGAGAGCUAAGGUGUCUCAAGCACUGUUUGCAAAGGUUGCGGCAACCAAAAGCCAGGGGUGGCUCUGUGAGCUGUUACGUUGGAAAGAAGAUCCCUCACCAGAGAACAGGACCCUCUGGGAGAAUCUCUCCAUGAUCCGAAGGUUCCUCAGUCUUCCUCAGCCUGAACGCGAUGCCAUUUAUGAACAAGAAAGCAAUGCAGUUCAUCACCAUGGUGACAGGCCUUCCCACAUUAUCCAUGUGCCAGCAGAACAGAUUCAGAGCCCCUCUCCCACCACCCUUGGGAAAGGAGAGCAUAGAGGCGCUUUCUUACCAGGCCUGCUGACCACUGGACCUUGGCUGGGUGCUGCUCCGCAGCAACAGCAACAGCAGCAACAGCAACAGCAACCAGGUCCCAGACUACCCCCAAGGCAACCGACAGUAGCAUCACCAGCUGAAUCUGAGGAUGAAAAUCGUCAGAAACCCCGACCGCGAACAAAGAUUUCUGUUGAAGCCCUAGGGAUCCUACAGAGUUUCAUACAAGAUGUAGGCCUGUAUCCAGAUGAAGAAGCAAUCCAGACUCUCUCCGCUCAGCUUGACCUGCCCAAGUACACCAUUAUCAAGUUCUUUCAGAACCAGCGAUAUUAUCUCAAGCACCAUGGAAAGCUGAAGGACAAUUCUGGUUUGGAGGUGGAUGUUGCAGAGUACAAGGAGGAAGAGUUGCUCAAGGAUUUAGAAGACAGCAUCCAAGACAAAAAUGCAAACACGCUUUUUUCAGUUAAACUAGAAGAAGAGUUAUCGGUAGAAGGGAACACAGAGAUCAAUGCUGAAUUGAAAGACUGA